GCUAUUGGAGAGGUCACACCGACUGUAUUUGGUUCAUUGGAGAAGCCUCAAAGUUGUUUUGCUAUUAGAAUUGACUAUCGUGGUCUUUGUGUCAUAAUGCAUCACGUUCCGGCGAAUCCUUCCUGAGCUACGUUGGCCGGUUUCCCGAGAGCAUUCAUAUAAAGUUACCAUCAUUGCUUGCCUUAUAUCUGCUACUUUUCACCUCUUCGAAAUCAGAAUACAGGAUCAAACGAUGGAAAUCGACCCCAAGGUUGUGGGAGGCUUGGUCUGUUUGUUGCUAGUAGGAGCUGGAAUCAAGGCAAAGCAAAGCUCCAAAGCUAGCGGGAAUUUACCUUUGCCUCCCAGUCCACCAGCGACGCAUUGGUGGUGGGGACACGAGGUUCCUGCCCAGUACGGGUGGCUCAAAGUUGAAGAGUGGAUCAACGAGUAUGGUCCUGUCAUAUCUAUUAGGCAAGGGAGGGAAACAGUCGUCAUCGUAGGCCGCCACCAGGCCGCUAUUGAUAUAAUGGAAAAACAAGGGGGCUCAACACUUGACCGUCCCAGUACGGUUGCCGCAGGAGAUAUACUGUCUGGGGGUUAUAGGUUUGCUUUUACGCCUGGUGGAGAAAGGUUCAGGAGGAUGCGUAGAGCCGUUCACACACAUUUACAGCCUAAAGCUGCUGAGAAAUACGAAUUAAUGCAGAUGGAUCACGCCAAGGACACAAUCCUCGACUUGAUCAAUGAUCCAAGCAAGUAUGGUCUUCAUGCCACGAGGUAUGCGUCCUCCGUAAUACAGAAGGUUACGUAUGGUAAAACGUCGCCCACCUCCGCCGAUGAUCCUGAGGUUCAACAAGUGCGACUAUCACUGGACAGGUUACGUUAUGCCAUGCGACCUGGUCGAUAUCUAGUAGAUACAUUGACAUUCUUGAAGUAUAUUCCUUGGUACGGUCGCGAGCUGAAGAAAUGGAAUGCGGAGGAUCGUCAACUUUAUACUGGCCAGCUUAAUAAAGUGAAGAAUCAGUUGGACAACAAUGAAGACACAGGACCUUCGUUUGGGAAAUAUCUACUUGAGAACAAGACAGAGACCGGACUGACAGAAAUGGAAAUGGCUUAUCUAGCAGGUGGUUUCUUUGCUGCUGGCUCUGAUACGACAGCUGUUGCUAUCUGUAUUAUGAUUGUUUCUGCUGCAACUCACCCAGAAGCCCAGGCGAAAGUACAAGCAGAGCUUGAUUCCGUAGUAGGUCUGCAAAGGGCUCCUACGUUUGCAGACAUUGAUAAUGUUCCACGACUUCAGGCAUUUAUCUUGGAAAGUUUCCGGUGGAGACCUGUCGCUUCUACAGGUUUGCCUCACCGUGCCAACAAAGACAUCAUCUGGGGGAAUUACUUCAUCCCUGCUGGCACAACUGUGGUUGGAAAUCAUUGGGCUAUUUCCCGCGAUCCUGAUGUAUAUCCCAACCCGGACAGCUUCCAACCUGAACGGUGGUUGGAUAGUCAAGGGAAGAUAAAAGACAACAUCAAGUUCCCCACUUAUGGCUUUGGAAGACGAGUAUGUGCUGGACAGCAUGUCGCCAACAGAUCGGUAUAUAUCAACACUGUACUUAUCCUCUGGGCCUUCCGACUUUCUCUUUGUGAUCCCUCAGAGGCAGUCGAUGACAUGGCUUUCGCGGCCGGAGCUAUCCCAUCAGUAAUCCCAAAAAUAUCAUUCGCAAAGAGGAUGGACGAGGACAAGCUGAGAUACAUGAUGGAAACAUACGCAGAAGGACUGUAGUCACGUUUAGUUCCAUUAUCGUAUUCUUAGUUUCAUCUAUGUUUUUCUCAGCCUUUCGACUCAGAGUUGUCAAUGGCCCAAAAGAACUGCCCUUGUAAUAAUCAGUUUCUUGAUGUGACUUAGGCCUAAUCUCGGUUCCAGAUUCUAGGUGGGCGGAAUUUAAAAUUUGUGCAGGAUUUUCUCUCCUAAAUUGAAACCUGGAUCCUAGUCCAGGAAUAUGGCCCGUCCUCUUUCUGUCAUCAGCAUCACGUUCCGGCGAAUGCCUCCUGAAUGAUGUUGGCCGUUUUCCCGAGAGCAUUC